AGUGUAGCAUUUUAUCUUUUAUAGAUGAGACAAACAGAUUCCUCCAUAUUAGAAAGAGACGAUCGAGAAGGUUAAUUAGUUAUCUGGGUUUUGAAGCUGAGGACUUAGUAUAGAGUUUUAUUAUUAUUAUUAGAAGAUAAUUAAGUAGUAAGUAAAGAUGGGUAGCAAUAAUAUUAAUGUUUAUAAUAAUAAUAAUACUAAAGAUAGUGCAUAUUCAGAUGAUCAAGGUGGGGAUGAUGAUGAUGUUCAACUUCCAGGGUUUAGAUUUCAUCCAACAGAUGAAGAGCUAGUCGGAUUCUAUCUUCGUCGGAAGGUUGACAAAAAACCUAUCACCAUUGACCUCAUCAAAUCCAUUGAUAUCUACAAAUAUGAUCCUUGGGAUCUUCCAAAGGGAUCGUGUACUGCUGGAGAAAAAGAGUGGUACUUCUUCUGCAAAAGAGGGAGAAAAUACAAGAACAGCAUAAGACCAAAUCGAGUGACGGGGUCUGGAUUUUGGAAGGCCACUGGGAUUGACAAGCCAGUAUAUAAUUCUAAUGGAGAAAGAGAAAUCACUAGUAAUAGUUUUAGUAGUAAAAACUACUCUACUAUUGGACUGAAAAAGACUUUGGUGUACUAUCGAGGAAGUGCUGGCAAAGGCACCAAAACUGAUUGGAUGAUGCACGAGUUUCGUCUUCCCUCCAUUAACGACGCUAUCAUCACCAAUUCUGCUUCUCGUCAUCAUCGUCUUAACAAUCUCAACACCACUUCUACUGAUCCCCUAUUGUUCGAAGCUGAAAUAUGGACUUUGUGUAGGAUAUUCAAGAGAAAUGUAUCGUAUAGAAAGUACACAUCGGAUUGGAGAGAACUAUCAAGUAAAGUACGUAGCCAACCAUUAAUGGACACAGUUCUAAGCUCCAAAAAUAACAAUAAUGCCAUGAUGAUGAUCAAUGAUCGAUCAUCGACCAAAGAACCAAAUACUUACAUUGAUUUCACUUCUCCAGUGAUUUGUCAUGAUAAUGAGGACAAGAAGCCUGUUAUAAAUCAUCAGACCAUGAUGAAUAAUAAUAAUAAUAAUGGAGCAAUAGGUACUGACUAUAACAACAAUAAUAUUAAUCGUCAUCAUCACCAUCAAGAUCAGUUGCGUGUAAACCAAUCGAGCUCCAUGUCCAUGGCUACGUCUCACCCUUCGUCAAUAGAUUCCUUCAUCUCAAGCUUUUCAUCACACCAAGAUGAUCAUCGCCAUCAUGAUCAUGAAUUCAACGAUCAGAUUUUCACGUGUGCUGACUGGGAUGACCUUAGAUCUGUUGUAGAGUUUGCCAGUACUCUUGAUGAUACAGAUUUUGUGUAAAUAUAUAUAAUAUAUAAUUAAUUUGUUACUAUAUAUUUACGUAAUUUUUCUAGAGUACUAUAUAUACUACUAAGUGUGGGGAUGUUAUUUAGAACUAUUGUAGUGUAGUUCUCAUUUUUUUGUCACCCCCUUAAUUAACCUUCUUACACCCACAUAUAUAUAUAUAUAUAUAUAUAUACUUCUUUUACUUACAAGGACUUUGUAGUAUGUAUGAUCGUUCGUUCGAUCUCAUUUGUGUUAUUGAUUAAUAAAUUUUUUCUGGUCGAUGUAGUAA